AAUGACAGUCUGCAUAACUCGAGCCAUAGCUCGAGCUUCCCGAAUCUUCGAUAGACUGCUGAACGAUGCGAACAACGUAUCCGUUCAUACUCAUUCAGGCAGUCGCUGUAUUUUUCACUGAGACCAAGUCCGACUCGGUUUUCUCGGUGAAUAUUAUUAAGAGGCUUGUCCAGGAUCUUCAAACUUCGCCGUUUGGAUACAGCUUCAGUCACCAUAGCGACAGUCAUCAUCCUGGGGGAUACAACACGAAUGUCAAACAUGGCACAACGAAGAUGUCUCGGCGAAUCGGGAUAAAGAGUGCGACAAAAAUGAAGAGAGCUGAGCCCAGUUCUCCCGGAGGUUCCGUGAACCAGGGCAUGACUCGAAGUUAUCAGCUCACCGGAAGUUAUGGAUUCGUGAUAUCCCACGGAUUUGAUAUCGGGGAAAACGACGACGCCCCCACAGCCGGCGAUUCACAUUACGGAGCGAGUAAUGCUGAAAGUAUUGCGGUUUUGCAGCUGAACAAAGAGGACUCUAAUGACCCGAAUAUUAACCCUAACGUAAAAGCUCAGGAAGCCGGGGGCGACUCUGAGAAAGAAAUAUACGGAUCGUACUCGGAUUAUGACAAGCUUUUCGAUCACGACAAAAACUCACCAUCCGUCAAUCUGCAGCAAUAUUACGGAUCGGAUCUCCAGGAUAGAAGAAAAGAAAAAUACGCUGCGCAGGAUAGAUACGGUGAAUCUAAUAACGGCGGGGACAAGGGGGCACAUGUUGAAACCGAAAAAUAUAUUGAAUUGGAAGAUUUCAGUGACAGGGGGCGAGGUGACCAACUCGAUGAUGGAAAUGUAGAAAAAUAUUUUCCCAGCGAGAGAGUGGAAUUGUAUAAAGGAUACGGCGAGAAUGAGAGUCACGACAAAUAUAGCGAGCCUUUGAAAAAAAAAUCUCAGCUCGUCGCGGCUGACGAAAGUAAUUACGGCGAACCGUACAGGUCCAUCGAUUGGACCCAGUAUAAUAUAGAUCCGAAAUUCGAAUUUGCAGAUGACUUUUUGGCAAAUGAUUUUUUCAAAGAAUACAAUGAAUUUUUUUACGGCAGUCAUGGCGAUUCCGGGCAUGAUCAUGAUUUUCACUUCGAUCACGAAGAUCACGGCGAUCACGGCUUCGAGGAUGACAUUGGCCACCAUUUCGAAGGCGGCCACAGCGCGGAGGAUUUCUUCGACCAUUCGAACUUUGGCGGAGAUUAUUACGAAAAGGGAGCUGGUGAAAAGAACAGUAACUUCGGGAACAAGAGUGGUAGCAAAAAGAGCACAAAAGAAACGGGGUAUCAUAACAUACUGCACAAAGACGAAUUUAACAAAGAUCACACAUUCUACUCAAACGCGGACCAGGAUGGUCACUUCGAUAACGAAAAGGAUUACCAUGGGCAUCAUUCCCUGCACGACAAGAAUCACGAAAAUGCCGAUCAUCGGGACUCUCGUUCGCACGGUGACUAUCACGGAAAGGGUUACGACGAAGACAAGGGGCACUACAUCGAUGACGAUGUUUCUCAUCACGUCGAAUAUGAUCACGCGUCCUUUUUCGGCGAUAAAUCUGAGUACAACGAUGCCGGGGACGAUGAAUAUGGCAUCCAGCACGAAGAUAAGCAUGAGUAUUGAAAGCUGAUCGUGAACUAAAUAUCUUACCUCGACUUGUAGCGAACUAGCUUUCUAAGGCCUCGUAUAUUCGAAGUUUCAGCCUUCGAGGGUAAGGCAAGCCCCUCAAUGGCUGCAGGUGAAUAAUUAGUUGGUUGUUUACGUGAGUAAGUCUUGGACGAGUGGUACGAGCAUUUAACUUUCUACAGGGAGAAAUUUCAGUAACGUUAUUUCCCAAAUAGAAAUAACAUAUGAUUUACGAUAUAUACAUCGCAUGUACCUACGAUUAGUUGAAAUAAAUAGUACACAUAGCGUGGAUAUCAGAAAAUUGUCACUACCGCCACAACGCCAUAUUACAUCUUGUACAAUAAAUAACUAUAUAAUAAAAUAACGUUACAGAGUCGAUACAUUCGCCAUGCAUAGAAUCAUAUUACGCUUAUUGCAUCGCCUAUUAAUAGAUCUUCUU